GCCCCGCCGCUCGCUCCGCCCGCCGCCCGCGCCCACACCAGAGCAGCCAUGGAGGAGGUUGUGAUUGCUGGCAUGUCUGGGAAGCUGCCCGAGUCGGAGAACUUGGAGGAGUUCUGGGCCAACCUCAUCGGUGGCGUGGACAUGGUAACAGAUGAUGACAGGAGGUGGAAGGCAGGACUCUACGGCCUGCCCAAGCGGACCGGCAAGCUGAAGGACUUGUCCAAGUUCGACACCUCCUUCUUCGGGGUCCACCCAAAGCAGGCUCACACGAUGGACCCCCAACUGCGCUUGCUACUGGAGGUCGCCUACGAGGCCAUCCUGGAUGGAGGCAUCAACCCAGCCUCCCUGCGAGGGACACACACAGGCGUCUGGGUGGGUGUGAGCGGCUCAGAGGCCUCAGAGGCUCUGAGCCGAGACCCCGAGAAUCUCCUGGGCUACAGCAUGGUGGGCUGCCAGCGGGCUAUGAUGGCCAACCGUCUUUCCUUUUUCUUUGAUUUUAAAGGACCCAGCAUCGCUCUGGACUCAGCCUGCUCCUCCAGCCUGCUGGCGCUUCAGAGCGCCUAUCAGGCCAUCCGCAACGGGGAGUGCCCGGCGGCCAUCGUGGGCGGCAUCAACAUCUUACUCAAGCCCAACACCUCCGUGCAGUUCAUGAAGCUCGGCAUGCUGAGUCCCGAAGGCUGCUGCAAGUCCUUCGACGAGUCCGGGAACGGCUACUGCCGCUCAGAGGCGGUGGUGGCCGUCUUGCUGACCAAGAAGUCCCUGGCCCGGCGUGUGUACGCCACCAUCCUCAAUGCCGGCACCAACACAGACGGCUGCAAGGAGCAAGGUGUGACCUUCCCCUCUGGGGACGUGCAGGAACAGCUCAUCCGCUCCUUGUACGAGCCAGCCGGGCUGGACCCAGAGUCUCUUGAGUAUAUCGAAGCCCACGGCACGGGCACCAAGGUGGGGGACCCCCAGGAGCUGAACAGUAUCACCCGAGCCCUGUGUGCCACCCGCCGGGACCCCCUGCUGAUCGGGUCCACCAAGUCAAACAUGGGGCACCCCGAGCCUGCCUCGGGGCUCGCGGCUCUGGCCAAGGUGCUGCUGUGCCUGGAGCACGGGCUCUGGGCCCCCAACCUGCACUUCCACAGCCCGAACCCUGAGAUCCCCGCGCUUCUGGACGGACGGCUGCAGGUGGUGCGCCAGCCCCUGCCCAUCCGCGGAGGCAACGUGGGCAUCAAUUCCUUUGGCUUCGGAGGCUCCAACGUGCACGUCGUCCUCCAGCCCAACCUGCGGCCGCCCCCGGCGCCUGCCCCGCACGCCGCCCUGCCCCGUCUGAUGCUGGCCAGCGGGCGCACCCCUGAGGCCGUGCAGUGCCUGCUCGAACAGGGCCAGCGGCACAGCCAGGACCUAGGCCUCCUGAGCAUGCUCAACGACAUCGCAGCCAGCCCCCCCACCGCCAUGUCCUGCCGAGGCUACACCGUGCUGGGCGGCAAGGGCCACGGGCAGGAGGUGCAGCACGUGCCGGCUGGCGAGCGGCCCCUCUGGUUCAUCUGCUCCGGGAUGGGCACGCAGUGGCGCGGGAUGGGCUUGAGCCUCAUGCGCCUGGGCAGCUUCCGAGACUCCAUCCUGCGCUCCGACAAGGCCGUGAGGCCCCUGGGCCUGCAGGUGUCCGAGCUGCUGCUGACCACGGACGAGGCCGCCUUCGACGACAACGUCUACGCCUUCGUGAGCCUCACUGCCAUCCAGAUUGCCCUCAUAGACUUGCUGACCUCGGUGGGUCUGCGGCCUGACGGAAUCAUCGGGCACUCCCUGGGCGAGGUGGCCUGCGGCUACGCAGACGGCUGCCUCUCGCAGGAGGAGGCCAUCCUCGCUGCCUACUGGAGGGGCCAGUGCAUCAAGGAAGCCAACAUCCCGCCAGGGGCCAUGGCGGCCGUGGGCUUGUCCUGGGAGGAGUGUAAGCAGCGCUGCCCUGCUGGCGUCGUGCCCGCCUGCCACAACUCCGAGGACACCGUGACCAUCUCAGGACCGCAGGCGGAGGUGGCCGCGUUCGUGGCAGAGCUGAAGCAGGAAGGUGUGUUUGCCAAGGAGGUGCGGACGGGCGGCAUAGCCUUCCACUCCUACUUCAUGGACUCCAUCGCCCCCACGCUGCUGCAGGAGCUCAAGAAGGUGAUCCGGGAGCCGCGGCCCCGCUCGGCACGCUGGCUCAGCACAUCCAUCCCUGAGGCCCAGUGGCAGGGCAGCCUGGCCCGCACGUUCUCGGCAGAGUAUAAUGUCAACAACCUGGUUAGCCCCGUGCUGUUCCAGGAGGCGCUGUGGCACGUGCCCGCCAACGCCGUGGUGGUGGAGAUCGCCCCCCACGCCCUGCUGCAGGCCGUUCUCAAGAGAGGCCUCAAGCCCAGCUGCGCCAUCCUUCCCCUGAUGAAGAAGGACCAGAGUGACAACCUGGAGUUCUUCCUCAGCAGCGUGGGCAAGUUGCACCUGUUAGGCUUCAGCGUCAACCCCAACGGCCUGUUUCCACCUGUGGAGUUUCCAGUUCCCCGGGGGACCCCUCUCAUCUCCCCUCACAUCAAGUGGGACCAUAGUCAGACCUGGGACGUGCCCACCGCCGAUGACUUCCCCAGCGGCCCUCACAGCUCCCCUGCCACCAUCUGCAACAUUGACACCAGCCCCGAGUCCCCUGACCACUACCUGGUGGACCACUGCAUCGACGGCCGCAUCCUCUUCCCGGCCGCCGGCUACCUGUGCCUGGUCUGGAAGACUCUGGCAAGUGCCUUUGGCCAAAUCAUGGAGCAGCUGCCCGUGGUGUUUGAGGACGUGACGGUGCAUCAGGCUACCAUCCUGCCCAAUACCGGGACCGUGUCCCUGGAAGUGCAGCUUCUACAGGCUUCCCGAAGCUUCGAGGUGUCUGACAACGGCAGCCUGAUAGUGAGCGGGAAGGUUUACCAGUGGGAGGACCCCGACACCAAGCUCUUCGACAGACAGGACAGCCUGUACCGCACGGACCCCACGGCUACGUUCCACCUGAGCCAGGGGGACGUGUACAAAGAGCUGCGUCUGUGCGGCUAUGACUACGGCCCUCAUUUCCAGGGCAUCCUCGAGGCCAACCUUGAAGGCACCGCGGGCCGGCUGCUGUGGAACGGCAAUUGGGUGACGUUCCUGGACACCAUGCUGCAGAUGUCCAUCCUGAGCAUGGCCCAGCACACCCUACGCCUGCCCACACGCAUCACCUCCAUCCACAUCGACCCCGCCACCCACCUGCGCAGGAUGUACUCGCUGCAGGACAAGGCCCAAGCGGUCGACGUGGUGGUGAGCAGCUGUCUGCACAGCACGGUGGCCGGCGGCAUCCUCCUGUCGGGCCUCCACGCCGAGGUGGCCCCGAGGCGGCAGCAGGAGCAGUUCGUACCCAUCCUGGAGAAGUUCUGCUUCACGCCGUACACAGAGCAGGGGCUCCUCGCUGGAGACCCAGCCCUGCAGGAGGCGCUACAGAUGUGCAGAGGGCUGGCACUGGCACUGCAGACUAGGGUGGCCCAGCAGGGGCUGAAGAUGGCGGUACCUGGGCUGGACGGGGCCCCGGCCCCGGCCCCCCAGGAGCCACCGCAGCAAGGCCUGCCCCGCCUGCUGGCGGCUGCCUGCCAGCUGCAGCUCAAUGGGAGCCUCCCACUGGAGCUGGGCCAGCUGCUGAAGCAGCAGCGCCCCCUGCUGCAGGACGACCCCCUGCUCACCGGCCUCCUCGACUCCCCGGCGCUCAAGGCCUGCGUGGACACCGCCCUGGAGAACACGACCAGCCUCAAGAUGAAGGUUGUGGAGGUGCUGGCUGGCGACGGCCACCUAUAUUCCCGCAUCCCAGCGCUGCUUAACACCCAGCCCAUGCUGCAGCUGGACUACAUAGCCACGGACCGCCACACUCAGGCCCUGGAGGCUGUCCAGGCCACGCUGCAGGAGCACGGCAUAGCCCAGAGCCAGUGGGACCCCUUGGGCUCCGCCCCCAGCCACCUGGGCAUGGCUGAUCUCCUUGUGUGUAACUGUGCCGUGGCCAGCCUCGGUGAUCCGGCCACGGCCAUCGGCAACAUGCGGGCCGCUCUCAAGGAGGGUGGCUUCCUACUUCUGCACGUCCUGCUCAAAGGACACCCCCUCGGAGAGACGGUCGCCUUCCUCACGUGCCCUGAGCCGCAACGAGGCCAGCAGAGCCUCCUCAGCCAGGACCAGUGGGAGAGUCUGCUUGCCAGGGCGUCCCUGUGCCUAGUGGCCCAGAAGAGGUCCUUCUACGGUUCUGUGCUCUUCCUGUGCCGCCGGCCGCUCCUGCGGGACAGCCCUGUCUUCCUGCCUGUGGAGGACACCACCUUCCAGUGGGUAGACUCCCUGAAGAACGUUCUGGAAGACUCCUCCCUCCGGCCCGUGUGGCUGACCGCUGUCAGUGGGGUCACCUCAGGCGUCGUGGGCUUGGUGAACUGCCUCCGCAAGGAGCCCAGCAGGCACCGGAUCCGGUGCAUCCUGGUGUCCAACCUCAGCAGCAAGGUUCACACCCCCAGUUUGGACCCUGGCUCCUCAGAGCUGCAGAAGGUGCUGCAGGGGGACCUUGUGAUGAACGUCUACCGAGACGGGGCCUGGGGGUCCUUCCGCCAUUUCCCACUGGAGCGUGGCCUGCCGGAGGAGCAAACCGAGUACGCCUUCGUGAACGUCCUCACCCGGGGGGACCUCUCCUCCAUCCGCUGGGUCUGCUCGUCUCUGCGGCACCCCCGGCUCACCAGCCCUGGCGUCCAGCUCUGUUCUGUCUACUAUGCUUCCCUUAACUUCCGAGAUAUCAUGCUGGCCACAGGCAAGCUCUCCGCUGAUGCCAUCCCAGGGAAACGGGGCGUCCACGACUGUGUGCUGGGCAUGGAGUUCUCUGGCCGAGACGCCAGCGGCAGGCGUGUCAUGGGGCUGGUGCCCGCUGAAGGCCUGGCUACCUCUGUCCUGCUCUCUCAGGACUUCCUUUGGGAGGUGCCCUCCAGCUGGACCCUAGAGGAGGCAGCUUCGGUGCCUGUGGUCUACACCACCGCCUACUACUCGCUGGUGGUGCGGGGGCGCAUACAGCCUGGGGAGACGGUGCUCAUCCACUCGGGCUCAGGCGGCGUGGGCCAGGCCGCCAUCACCAUCGCACUCAGUCUGGGCUGCCGCGUCUUCACGACUGUGGGGUCGGCCGAGAAGCGGGCGUACCUCCAGGCCAGGUUCCCCCAGCUCAGCGCCACCUGCUUUGCCAACUCCCGGGACACAUCUUUUGAACAGCACGUGCUGCGGCACACGGCAGGGAAGGGUGUGGACCUGGUCUUGAAUUCUCUGGCGGAAGAAAAGCUGCAGGCCAGCGUGCGGUGCCUGGCCCAGCACGGCCGGUUCCUGGAAAUCGGCAAAUUCGACCUUUCCAACAAUCACCUGCUGGGCAUGGCCGUUUUCCUGAAGAACGUGACCUUCCACGGGAUCCUGCUGGACUCGCUCCUGGACGAGGUCAAUGCCAGGUGGCAGGAGGUGGCGGCGCUGCUGAAAGCAGGCAUCCGGGACGGCGUGGUGCAGCCCCUCAAGUGCACCGUCUUCCCCAAGGACCAGGUGGAGGACGCAUUCCGCUUCAUGGCCCAAGGGAAGCAUAUCGGGAAGGUGGUCGUCCAGGUGCGCCAGGAGGAGCCGGAGGCGGUGCUGCGGGAGCCGAGUCCCACCCUGAUGACCGCCGUGUCCAGGACCUUCUGCUCGGCCCACAAGAGUUACGUCAUCACCGGGGGCCUGGGCGGCUUCGGCCUGGAGCUGGCCCAGUGGCUUGUGCUGCGAGGGGCCCGGAAGCUCGUGCUGACCUCUCGCUCCGGAAUCCGCACAGGCUACCAGGCCAAGCAGGUCCGGGAGUGGAGGCGUGAGGGCGUGCAGGUCCUGGUGUCCACCAGCAACGCCAGUUCGCUGGAUGGGGCCCAGAGACUAAUCGAUGAGGCCACACAGCUGGGCCCCGUGGGAGGCGUCUUCAACCUGGCCGUGGUCCUGAAAGAUGCCAUGCUGGAGAACCAAACCCCGGAGCUCUUCCAGGACGUCAACAAGCCCAAGUUCAGCGGCACUGUGAACCUUGACAGGGUGACCCGAGCUGCGUGCUCCGAGCUGGACUACUUCGUGGCUUUCUCCUCCGUGAGCUGCGGGCGUGGCAAUGCUGGCCAGGCCAACUACGGCUUCGCCAACUCCACCAUGGAGCGUGUGUGUGAGAAGCGCCAGCAUGAUGGCCUCCCGGGCCUCGCCAUUCAGUGGGGCGCCAUCGGCGACGUAGGCCUCAUCAUGGAGGGUUCAGGUUCCAAUGACGUGGUCAUCGGUGGAACGCUGCCCCAGCGGAUCGCCUCCUGCCUGGAGGUGCUGGACCUCUUCCUGAACCAGCCCCACCCCGUCUUGAGCAGCUUCGUGCUGGCCGAGAAGGCCACCAGCCCCAGUGACGGCACUCACCAGCAGGAUCUGAUGAAGGCCGUGGCCCACAUCCUGGGCAUCCGAGACUUGGCCACCGUCAACCUGGACAGCUCCCUGGCGGACUUGGGCCUGGACUCGCUCAUGGGUGUGGAGGUGCGCCAGAUGCUGGAGCGGGAGCUCGACCUGGUGAUGUCCAUGAGGGACAUCCGGCAUCUGACGCUGCGGAAGCUACAGGAACUCUCCUUGAAGACCAGCACAGCUGACAAGCUGGCAGCCCCCGCGCCCAAGGAAGACAGUCCUGCCAGCCAGCAGGCCCAGCCGAGCCUGAGCACCCUGCUGGUGAAUCCUGAGGGCCCGACCUUGACGCAGCUCAACUCGGUGCAGAGCUCGGAGCGCCCCCUGUUCCUGGUGCAUCCCAUCGAAGGCUCCAUCACUGUGUUCCGCAGCCUGGCGUCCAAGCUCAGCAUCCCCACCUACGGCUUACAGUGCACUCGAGCUGCGCCUCUGGACAGCAUCCAGAGUCUGGCCGCCUACUACAUCGAGUGCAUCAGGCAGGUGCAGCCGGAGGGGCCCUACCGCAUCGCUGGCUAUUCCUACGGGGCCUGCGUGGCCUUCGAGAUGUGCUCGCAGCUACAGGCCGCACAGCAGAGCCCUGCCCCCACACAUAACAGCCUCUUCCUGUUCGAUGGCUCACACUCCUACGUGCUGGCCUACACGCAGAGUUACCGCGCAAAGCUGACCCCCGGCUGUGAGGCCGAGGCCGAGGCCGAGGCCAUGUUCUUCUUUGUGCAGCAGUUCAUCAACGUGGAGCACAGCAGGGUGCUGGAGGCGCUGCUGCCCCUUAAGGGCCUCGAGGAGCGCGUGGCGGCCACCGUGGACCUGAUCCUGCGCAGCCACGCAGGCCUGGACCGCCGCGAGCUGAGCUUCGCCGCUCAUUCCUUCUACCACAAGCUGCGAGCAGCCGAGCAGUACAUGCCGCGGGCCACCUACCACGGCAACGUGACGCUGCUGCGCGCCAAGACUGGCAGCGUGUACGGUGAGGGCCUGGGUGCCGACUACAACCUGUCCCAGGUGUGCGACGGCAAGGUGUCCGUGCACGUGAUUGAGGGCGACCACCGCACGCUGCUAGAGGGCAGCGGCCUGGAGUCCAUCCUCAGCAUCAUCCACAGCUCCCUGGCUGAGCCACGUGUCAGCGUCCGGGAGGGCUAGGUGCCCCCGUGGCCGGGGCAGGUCCUGCCGGUGGGACCCUCCCCCGUCCCCGCCCCACUGCCCAGCCCAGACCCCUGCCCGCGCCCUGUGUGCCGCCAGCAAAGGGACUGACAGCCCUGCCCACAGCCGCCAUCUCCUCCUGCGCCAUGGCGGCCACGGGGGGCUGCGCCACCGACUCGGAGACCUGCCUGGGUCUGUGAAAAGUCGGCCCAGCUGCCAGCCGCACGGGAUCCCCCACGUAGGUCUGUUUCUUGCUUCUCCAUUUGAUCCUCCUAUUUAUUGCGUCGCUGGGGAGACGCCAGGGCCUCGUCCACCCUGUGCAGGCCGGCGGCGCAGGAGCCUCCAGCCCUGGGGCCCCCAUGAUGCAGGGGCCUGCGGAAAGGAGCAGCCCCGGGCGCGUCGGGGCACCCACCCUGUGUUCGUCUGUGUUCAUUUUUCAAGAAACAUGAUUCAAAUUGCUGCUGGAA